AUGUCUUCUGUCCUCCCCGUUGCCGUGGGCAUUGCUGCCGCGACCUACGUGCUUCUCGUCGCUCUCCUCCGUUUCACGCAGGAUGCGAAGGAGCCGGCUUCGAUCUGCGACACCAUACCCUUCGUCACACCUAUAAUCAAUAUGCAAAGUGAUAGUAAUGCCGAUCCUAGGGAUAAAUACAACCUGCCAAUAUACACGUUGCGAUUGCCCGGUACGCGGAUGUAUGUCGUCAACUCGCCACGUCUUCUCACGUCAAUCCAAGCUCAAUUCCGAGCACUCUCGUUCAACGCCAUAGAGGCCAAUAUAGCCGCCAAUCUCCUUGGUUGCCAAAAAACGACCAUCAACAUCAUAGGUCGUGAUCUGACCAAAGAUGGGGGCUAUUUGAUGAGCUUCCCCAAAUACGUUCAUUCCGCCUUGAGUGCUGGACCUGGCCUGGAUGCAAUGAACAGAAGGGCAAUCCAAGUCAUCUCCAAGUCUCUGGACGAAUGGUCUCAGAAGAAAACUACGAAGAUACAGCUGUGGCAAUGGCUUCGCCACGAGCUGCUUUUGGCAUCUACUGAUAGCGUUUAUGGACCCAAAAACCCAUUCCGUAAUCCUGCUAUGGAGAAAGCCUGGUAUACAUUUGAACCGAAAAUGAUGAUGUUCAUCCUGAAGCUUUUUCCUCGUGUCUUCGCCAAGGAAAGUUUCAAAGCACGCGAAUACAUGGUUAAGGUCUGGGAGGAAUAUUUCGAUUCAGGCUCGUACCAGCAGGGCUCGGAGCUGGUCAAGGCCCGAGUCAAAAUCAAUGAUGAUUUCCAGAUCCCCUUGAAGGAGACGGCAAGAAUUGAGGUCGCAGGUAGUCAAGCCAUCCUCACAAACACUCUUCCAGGAACCUUUUGGAUAGCAUACCAUAUCUUCUCGGACCCGGCUGUCCUCGACUCCAUCAGGAACGAGCUGUCCAAAGGCGUGCGGCAAGAUGAUGAUGGCGCCUGCACCAUCGAUUUAACCCAUGUCAAAUCAUCGUGUCCGAUCUUGCUAUCGACAUUCAAGGAGACGAUGCGUAUGUACUCUACCAGCACGGCUACUCGUAUAGCCAUGGAGGACUAUCGACUCGACAAUAAAUACCUCCUGAAGAAGGGAAGUACCAUCAUGAUGCCGGCGACCGUGCAGCAUACGAGCAAAUCCGCUUGGGGUGAUACAGUCGAUGAAUUCGAUCACGAGAGAUUCGCCCCUGGAAGCAAGCGUGUCAACCCGGUCGCUUUCCGUGGAUUUGGCGGAGGAAUGACACUGUGCCCCGGGCGGCAUUUCGCAUCCACCGAGAUCCUCAUGUUCUCGGCUCUACUGGCUCUCCGAUUCGAUCUUCAUCCUGUUGAUGGCAAGUGGACUGCACCUACGACAGCCAAGUCACCGAUGGUGAACGCGAUGCCUGUGCCUGAUUGGGACAUCAAUGUUGAGAUGCGACCUAGGAACGACAAUGCGUGGAGAGUGUCAUUCUCUGGAUACGACAGGGGAAUGGAGAUAGCAGCCGAAGACAUCGAAGGUGCUAGUCCGGACGUAGGACACUGA